GGAUCUACUAGAAGCUCCUGCCAGCCUAAUGCCAUGAAUGUUGAAGCGGACAAUGUGGAAGAGAAAGCUGUCCAUUCCUGGUCAAGGAUCUCCUCUGCAGGACAGAAAGCCUUGGAAGAAGCUCUCCGGGUGUUUAACCCCAUGUCCAAGGACCUGUCGGACACGGAGACCCAGUUAGUAGCUUUUCUCCAAGGCCUUAAAGAAGAAGGCCACCAACCCACAAUCCUGCGGAGCAAAGACGUGUAUGGUUAUAGUUCCUGCACUGCCAAUGCACCUGGCCAAACAAAAGGCAAUAUUCAAGGCAUUUCAGAAACAGCUGUUCCUAUUUCAGAGUCUGCCAAGGCUCCAGCAAGGAACAUCGUAACCAUAGAAAAAGUACCUGCCCCCUUGGCAAGUAUUACCGUGAGCUCUUCUAAAGAAUCUGCUAAGCUGAUGUCAAAGAGCAGUAACUCCACAAACCUCCUAUUGAACUCAUUGAAACGGACACGUUCGGGCACAUCAAAAGCCUCGGCAAUGAGCUUCCCUGCUAAUAUGUACCCUGGCGUCUAUCCAGCCAUGAGGCUCUCAGUGGUGCUGGAAGCCUUAGUCCCUCUGAAAGCCACUGCCUCUUGUCUGGAAUCAAAAUGCAAACAAGGGCACCUCGGGAUCUCUCCUGCAGACCUUAAGCAUCUCAAAGCAUCCACUGCAUCUAUGCAGUCUUCAGCAGGGAAGGCCACUAAGAUGUCGUCUAAUCAGUUGGACCCCAAAGGAUAUAGGCAUUUACCGGUCAUAACAAAAGUGCCGGACUCUGCUGCUCUCACGAUGAGCCUUAUAAAAGGACCAAAGGGUGGGGUGCUUCAGGAAAGUUAUGCUUGCAAAGCCUCUGGAAUCCUGAAUGGCCGGAUUUCUGGGACCAACUCCCAGAGCUGUAGCACGGGGGCCUCCAGAAUUAAGGAACCGCCGGUGGCCAAAACUGAACGGAAAAGCGGGGACAGCCAUCAGCAGGCAAUUGGGGAGAAAAGAAGACGAGCAGACGAAGGGAAAGAGUUGCCGUGUAGAAAGACGCCCGGUUCUGUUCCGCCACCGAAUAAACCAGAACCGGCUUCGAAAACGCCAAACCUGCUGAAAUUCCAGGCCAUCAAAGUGGACAACUCUUCAGACGAUGAAUUGAGGAGGAGAGCACAACAGAUCCUUAAUGUUAACCUGUCCCCGGUGAUCAGAAUUCGGCCAUUGCCUCAGUCUCUCAGCAUCCCUUGAGUCAUUCAGUUGAGUUGGAGCUCCA